AUGAGGCUCCUCUAGGGGCUGAUCUGGGCAUCUGGCUUCUUCACCUUGUCUCUGCAGAAGCCCAGGUUGCUCCUGUUUGCUCCUUCUGUGGUUCACAUAGGGGUCCCCCUGUCUGUGGCCGUGAAACUCCAGGAUGCUCCUUCAGGACAGGUGGUGAGAGGAUCCGUGUUCCUGAGGAACCCAUCCCACGUUAAAGAGCUCUGCUCCCCAAAGGUGGAUUUCAGCCUCAGCUCAGGCAGAGACUUCAUACUCCUCAACCUCCCGAUUCCCCAGGAGCAGGCCAGCCUCUGUCGCCUCCAUCUCCUCCGCGGAGCCCCCGAGGUGCAGCUCAUGGUGCAGUCGCCGUGGCUCAGGGACUCUCUGUCCAAACAGACAGACACGCAGGGUGUCAACCUGCUGUUCUCUUCUCGCCGGGGGCACCUCUUUCUGCAGACAGACCAGCCCGUUUAUAACCCUGGCCAGCGGGUUCACUGCCGAGUCUUCGCUGUGGAUCAAAAGACCAGUGACAUCCUCACGGUCACGGUGGAGAACUCUCAAGGCUUCCGUGUGCAGAAAAGGGAAGUGGUUGCUCCCUCCUCCAUCGUUCAGGACGUUUUGAUCCCAGACAUCUCAGAGCCAGCGACGUGAAAAAUCUCAGCCCUCUCAGACAGCCUGGAUUCCAAUAGCAGCACCCAGUUUGAGGUGAAGAAAUACGUUCUUCCCAACUUUGAGGUGAAGAUCAUUCCUGAAAACCCCUACAUCCUGACAACGCCUGGCUUUCUUAGUGACAUCCGAGUGAUCAUCCAGGCCAGGUACAUCUACGGGAAGCCAGUGCAGGGGGUGGCAUAUGUGCGCUUUGCACUCCUGGGAGAGGAUGGUGAAAAGACUUUCCUGCGGGGCCUGGAGAGUCAGACCAAGCUGGUGGAUGGCCAGUGCCAAAUUUCCCUGCAAAAGGCCGAGUUUCAGGGCGUGCUGGAGAAGCUUAAUAUUAGCAUUAAUGACCUCCCAGGGCUGCACCUAUAUGUUGCAGCAGCCGUUAUUGAGUCUCCAGGAGGAGAGAUGGAGGAGGCAGAGCUCACGUCCUGGCGUUUCGUGUCAUCUCCCUUCUCCCUGGAUCUAAGCAAAACCAAGCAGCAGCUUAUCCCUGGGGUCCCCUUCCUGCUGCAGGCCCUGGUCCGUGACAUGUCAGGCUCCCCAGCCUCUGGCAUUCCCGUCAAAGUGUCUGCCAAGUUGUUUCCUGGAUCGACUUCUAAAAACCAGGACUUUGAACGGAACACAGAUGGGAGCGGCCAAGUCAUCGUCUCCCUUGGUGUUCCUCGGACCAUCUCAGAAGUGCAGCUCUCGGUGUCUGCAGGCUCCCCCCACCCUGCUGUAGGCAGUCUCACUGUGAAAGCGCCCCUGUCCAGAAGCUCUGGGUUUCUGUCCAUUGAGUGGCAGAAUCCUCGACCUCUUAAAGUCGGAGAGACCCUUAACCUAAACCUGCAAGCCGUGGGCAUCAGCGGGAGCUUCUCCUACUUCUAUUACAUGAUCCUGUCCCGGGGCCAGAUCGUGUCUGUGCAUCGAGAGCCCAAGACCCACCUGACCUCCAUCUCCGUGUUUGUGGACCAUCGCCUGGUGCCCUCCUUCCACCUCGUGGCCUUCUACUAUCACGGGGGCGUCCCGGUGGCCAACUCCCUGAGAGUGGACGUCCAGGCUGGAGGCUGUGAGGGGAAGCUGGAGCUGAACGUGGACAGUUCCAAGGCGUAUCGUCCUGGGGACACUGUGAAACUCAACCUGCAAACAGGGUCUCGAGCCCUGGUGGCCCUGGGAGCUGUGGACACGGCUCUGUAUGCUGUGGGUGGCAAGUCCCACAAACCCCUCGACAUGGUCAAGGUCUUCGAAGCUAUGAACAGCUAUGACCUUGGCUGUGGUCCCGGUGGUGGAGACACUGCCCCUCAAGUGUUCAAGGCAGCUGGUCUGGCCUUUUCUGAUGGAGACCAUUGGACUGAAAUCAGAAAGAGUCUGAGCUGUCCCAAGGAGUCAAAGUCUUGGAAAAAGAGAAAUGUGAACUUCCAAAAGGCGAUUCAUGAGAAGCUGGGCCAGUUUACUUCCCCCGUAGCCAAGCGCUGCUGCCAGGACGGGCUGACGCGGCUGCCCAUGGUGCACACCUGUGAGCAGCGGGCAGCCCGGGUGCAGCAGCCGGCCUGCCUCGAGCCCUUCCUGUCCUGCUGCCAGUUUGCCGAAAACCUGCGCAAGAAGGCCCGGACCAGGGGCCAGGUGGGCCUGGCCCAAGCCUUGGAGCUCCUGAAGGAGGAGGACCUGAUUGAAGAGGAUGACAUCCCCGUGCGCAGCUUCUUCCCGGAGAACUGGCUUUGGAAAGUGGAAGAAGUGGACCGCUUCUCCCAAUUGCAACUGCUGCUCCCGGACUCUCUGACCACGUGGGAGAUCCACGGCGUGAGCCUGUCCAAAAGCACAGGCUUGUGUGUGGCCACCCUGGCCCGACUCCGAGUGUUCCGUGAAUUCCACAUGCACCUCCGCCUGCCGGUCUCUGUCCGCCGCUUUGAGCAGCUCGAGCUGCGGCCUGUCCUCUACAACUACCUGGAUAGCGAUCUGACCGUGAGCGUCCACGUGUCCCCAGUGGAGGGGCUGUGCCUGGCCGGGGGUGGAGGCCUCGCCCAGCAGGUGCAGGUGCCCGCGGGCUCUGCCCGGCCCGUUGGCUUCUCUGUGGUGCCCAUCGCAGCUGCUGCCGUGUCCCUGAAGGUGGUGGCUCGAGGAUCCUUAGAUUUCCCUGUGGGGGAUGCAAUAUCUAAGAUUCUACAAGUCGAGAGAGAAGGGGCCCUUCACAGGGAGGAGAUAGUCUAUGAUCUCAACCCCCUGGACCCCCGAGGCCGGACCUUGGAAAUUCCUGGCAACUCUGAUCCCAAUAUUGUCCCUGAAGGAGAUUUCAAGAGUUUUGUCAGAGGACCAGUGGCUAUCCCCAGCAAUGCCUUCCUCUCCUCUAGGCUCACGGCCUUUGUGCUGAAGAUACUGAGUUUGGCCCAGGAUCAGGUGAGCGGCUCUGCUAAAAAGCUGCAGGAGACAGCCAGGUGGCUGCUUUCCCAGCAACGGGAUGAUAGCUCAUUCCACGACCCCUGUCCUGUUAUCCACAGGGAAAUGCAGGGAGGCUUAGUGGGAAGCGAUGAGACUGUGCCGCUCACAGCCUUCGUGGUCAUCGCCCUCCACCACGGGCUGGCGGUCUUCCCAGACAAGACUUCAGAGCAGCUGAGGAGAGUGGAAAAUUCCAUCUCAAGAGCAAACACCUUCUUGGGGGCGAAAGCAACCUCUGGGCUCCUGGGCACCCACGCCUCCGCCAACACAGUCUAUGCCCUGUCGCUGACCGAGGCCCCUGAGGAACUGCAGAGCAUUGCCCACAACAACCUCAUGGCCCUGGCCAAGAACAUCGGUGAUAAGCUGUACUGGGGCUCAGUCACCACUUCUCCAAGCAACGUCCUGUCACCCACUCUGGUUCCACACAGCCCAGCAGACCCCAUUCCCCAGGCCCUGGCCAUGUCGAUUGAAACUAUGGCCUAUGGCCUGUUACACCUGCUGCUAUGGGAGGGCAAGGCUGAGUUGGCUGACCAGGCUGCAUCCUGGCUGACUGGCCAGGGCAGCUUCCAAGGGGGAUUCCGCAGCACCCAGGACACUGUUAUGGCUCUGGAUGCCCUGUCUGCAUAGUGGAUCGCGUCCCACACCACCGAGGAGACGGGAUUCAACGUGACCCUCAGCUCCUUGGGCCGCAGUGGACUCAAGUCCCACGUGUUGCAGCUGACCAACCACCAAGUCCACAGGCUGGAGGAGGAGCUGCAGUUUUCCCUGGGAAGCAAGAUUAACGUGGAGGUGAGAGGAAACAGCAAAGGAACCUUGAAGGUCCUUCGCAGCUACAAUGUUAUGGACAUGACGAACACAACCUGCCAGGAUCUUCAGAUUGAAGUGACGGUCAUGGACCACGUCGAGUACACGAUGGAGGCUGAGGAGGACUACAAGGAAUACGAGUGUGAGGACUCUCCAGCUGGGGAUGACCCCGAACCACAUUCCCUACCCGUGACACCCCUGCAGCUAUUUGACAGGUGGAGGAACUACUCUAAGUGGGAGGCCCCCAAGGCAGCCAGGCAGGGGGACCCAGACAACAGGGCACAUGUCUCCACAGGCAAGACUGCCAAGGUGGGGCUUUCGGGCAUGGCCACUGCAGACAUCACCCUCUUGAGUGGAUUCUACGCCCUGCGGGCUGACCUGGAGAAGAUGUGACCACUGACCUCCCUCCCCGACCUAUACGUGAGCCACUUUGAGACCGAGGGUCCCCAUGUCCUGCUGUACUUUGACUCGGUCCCCACCUCCCGGGAGUGCAUAGGCUUUGGAACUGUGCAGGAGGUGCCCCUGGGGCUGGUACAGCCGGCCAGGGCCGUCCUGUGUGACUACUACAACCCUGAGCACAAAAGUUCUGUGUUUUAUGGGGCACCACGUAAAAGCAAACUCUUCUCCAUGUUGUGCUCUGCAGCCUUCUGCCAGUGUGGUGGGGGUGAGACCCCUCACCGUUGA